UUGUGUCGUGUGUGUGUGUGUGUGUGUGCAUCUGUCUGUCUUUCAGGAUGAGGUGGAUAGUCAGAACCCAGUGUUAAGAGACAACCAUCAGCUCCUUGAAGAAGUGAAAGGGUGGCUCAAAGACCAGAAGGUGCAGGAAAUUUUUAUGCAAGGUCCCUAUUCAUUGAAUGGCUACCGUGUGCGUGUGUACAGACAAGACUCGGCCACCCAGUGGUUUACUGGCAUCAUUACACACCACGACCUCUUCAGUCGAAACAUGGUCGUUAUGAAUGACCAGGUGCUAGAGCCUCAAAACGUGGAUCCGUCUAUGGUCCAGAUGACCUUUCUUGAUGACGUGGUCCACUCCCUGCUGAAAGGAGAAAACAUUGGCAUCACUUCCAGACGAAGGUCACGAUCCAGCCAGAACAACAAUUCUGCCCACAUGGCAGGAGGGAGACCCGGCGGGACCACUGGCAACACUCAGAGUCACUACACGCGAGCUCAAGCUAACAGCCCCCGCCCUAUCAUGACCUCAUCAGGCCCAAACCCAAAAGGUUCCCAGGGGACGCUGGCUUCCCAGCAGCAGAGCCAAUCACAGCCAAGCCAGCAGCCAGCUAGCCAAUCACACAACUCGCCCGUUGGCAGUGGUCGGGAGCAGAGAGAGCAGCGCAGCUCUCGCUCUUCCAGAAGGAAAGGAUCGGAUAGCAGUGUUCCAGAGGAGGACAAGGACAGAAGAGAAGAGACCACCAGAGACUCCAAGUCAAAGGCCAAGCAGGCAGUGAACAAACGCAGGAAGGGUGAGGAAGAUGAGAAGAAGGCAGGUCUGAAGAGGCUCAAAACUGACAUGGCUUCUGAUCUGUCAGAGAGUAGCGACUCAGAAAACCCACACAAGAGGACUGCCCACUUCUCGUGCUCCUCUUCCUCCUCAUCGUCUUCGUCGUCCUCCUCCUCUUCUUCUUCCUCCUCCUCAGAGCCCAACUCUGAGAAUGAGCUGAAGACGAGCAGCAGUGACGUCAAACCAAGUGGUGUUUCCAAAAAGGAGGAGGAUGAGAAGCCGCUGAUGCAGGGCACCAAAAUGAAUGAUUCCUCGUCUCUCAUUGGUCGCCUGUCUCCAUGGGUGGAGCUUCAAGCAACAGAGGACAGCAAGAAGGGUGUGGUUAAGGAAACAGGCAAAAUGAUAACGAAGGAGGAGGAGGAAUUGGUCGCAGUAACACAGAUCACCCAGUCUCCACGGCAACAGACUCAGCUGAUGUCUGACACCGUCCAGGGCGCCAUUAUGGACAGCAGUAAAAACACUUUGAAAGUGUCAUCUCGAUCCCAGACGCCGUCGCUGUCCCUCCACGGUGGCAGUGUAAUCGACAUUACAGACGAUGCCCAGGCAACAGUGCACCAGGAGAGUUCGGAGGCAGUGUCAGCGCUGCUUGCAUCGCAGAAGGCUGAGUCCACGUCACUCUCACCUUACCUCCCCCUGAACCCCUCCCCCGUCUCCUCGCCUCCCGUCCCUCCAUCUCCCUCUCCAUCAGAAGGGGGCCGCAGGAUGGAUAUUGAACCUCCCAUACAGCAGCAGCAGCAGCAGGGCAUUAUGGGAGGUGGUAUUACAGCUGUCAGGAGCUUAGGCAAAAUAGAGUUUGCUCCCUCUGAGGUCAUCAGGCCUGUCACAUCGAUGGCUGAAAAUGUGGUGCUGGUGGAGAAGGAGAAAACAGUCCUUCCUCAUCAUCAUCUUUUUCAUCACCAUCAACAGCAGCAAUAUCAGCAGCACACACAGCAGCAGCAACACUACACAUCCCUCCACCCCAGCAUUAAGAGCCCGUCUCUGUCUGAGGAGACGCGAAAACACCCCCAACAGCCCCCCCACAAGAUAAACACCCUCCUCCCCCCUGACUUAGCCAAAUCCAAAAUGAGCCCCAACCCAAACCCCAACCCAGGUCAGCUCGACUCCUUGAAACAGAAACACCCUAAUAACUCUCAAUGCCAUCCCUACCCCAACACAAACCCAGCUGACCUUCUCAAGGCUAAACCCCACCCAAGCCUCCUGGACAUCUCCAAACCUAAACCCAACACUUCCCCAGAGGUCUCUAAACAUAAAAUACCGAGGUACUGUGAUACCUCCCCACCUCCGGCAUGCCGUUUGUCCGCUAAAAUAGAAAUAGCAGAACCUCCACGGUCUGGUUUCAAGCCGGUGCGGUUGGAGUCAGGCAGCAUCAGCACGAGCAGCAGCAGCACAAAGAGCCCCCUGAUCAUCGAUAAGAACGAGACCUUCACUGUUUACAGAGACCCAGCACUGGUACGCUCAGACGCAGAGAACUCUGCCUCAGCCACCGUCUCCUCCAACCACGUUGCAGCCUAUCUCCAUUCCCACCUGCACACCCUCCACUCCACCUCCCCUCACUCCCCCUGCCUCAACCCCACAUCCCACCCUCACGCUGCCUCUCACCUCCUUGCCCCUCCUCACACCUCUGCCCUACCUCACCCACACCUUUUACCCCCCGGGGUGCUCCCAGCAAUGCCUCCUUCAGCAGCCUCUCUCCUCGGAGGCCACCCUCGGCUUGACUCCCCCAGCGGGUUGGGCCACCUCAGCCUGCAUCAUCCAGCAGACGUACACCAGCAGCAGUUCCUACAGGGUCAAGGUCCCCCUCCACCCCCUCUACUAGCCCAGGCUCACAGUGGGGCAGCAGGGCUUGGUCUGUACCCCAUCCUCUGGCAGUACCCCAAUGGAACACCAACCUCCUACCCCACAGGGCUCAACCUGCCCCCUACAGCUAAGUGGGUCCACCCUGAAAAUCCUGUCACCGUGAAUUCCGAGGCCUCUCUCAGGAGGGAUGCAGUUCAGGCAGCAGACCGAGCCAGUAAAUACAAAGAGGAGAAUCGUCAAAUCCUCAAAGAGAGCAUCGAGGUCGCUCCCUUCACUGCUAAGAUCCAGCGCUCCAGUGACCCAGGGAUGGACAGGGACAGAGAGAGAAGUAGGGACCCAGCCUUCCCUGUCCGGAUACCGGCUCUCGCAUCCCCAAGCCCCAAGGCCGGCCACACCCAUCCCCAUGUCAUCCAGUCAGAAAAGAGCAAUUAUUUCACCACACUGUCCAACAGUGUAGUAAACGAGCCUCCAAGACUUUACCCUUCCAAGGAGCUCAGCUCUUAUUAUGAGAAAGUGUCCACUGGAGGUCCAGGGGUUGUGGCCGGUGUCGGGGCCUCUGUGCCAAGCCAGGGGGCUCUGUCCCUGGGCAGCUACAGCUCCAAAGCCUCUCUCUCCAAGCCCCCUCCCCUCAUUAAGCACCAGCCAGAGGGGGGAGAGGGUUUAGCAGGGAAAAUCACAGAGCAGCUCAGCCAGCAGGUGACACUAGUCCAACAGCAACAUCAGCACCAUGCAGGUAUGGACAGGAUAGAACGCCGCAGCCCUGCCAUUUCUCCUUCAUCCUCUUCCUCUUCCUCUUUCUCCUCAGCCCCCAACCACCAUCAUCAUCACCACCACCAUCAACAGCAGCAACAACACCAGCUCAGGGCAAUGCCAUCUCUCCACCGAGCGCCUGUCUUCCAUCCACCCACACAGCACGCACUGGAGCGCAAAGAGGCUGCAGAGCGGGAGAAGGAAAGAGAACGAGAGAGGGAGAGAGCAGGUUAUGGACGCCUGUCUCCACCCACACUCACACCCAUCCAGCCAGUUAGCUUAGCAGCAGCUGGUAGCAAGACAUUAGCAGAGCAGCAGAAGCCCCCCACACUGCUGCCAGAACUCAGGGACAUCAAAGGUCAUGGAAACACUGCCGCUGUCACCUCUGGGGCCUCGGCCAUCAGUGGGGAGAUUAUGACUUCAUCUGCAGAUGGUUGGAGAGGUAUGAUUCAGGAAAGAGGAGGCUCAUUCUCUGGAGAGAAAGGAGCGCCAAGGGACAAGCCUCAAUCCGCAAUGGCAUCAGUCAUUGUACGUCCAUCGUCAUCUAUUAAGUAUGAUAGUCCGGUUGGUGCUAACAAAUAUGGUGCUAUGAUCCAUAAGGAGUUUCCCCAAGGAGGGUUCUACCCCUCCAAGGUUCAGGGGGAAUGUAGACUAGGGGAGAGUGUUAGAGAACCUGGAGCUGGCAGGGUUAUCCAACCCAACUCCAACCUGGAUGACAUGUGUGUCCAGUAUAAAAAGACUAUGCGUGGCAUGCAGGGAACUAUAGGAGCCGGUACCAUAAACUCUGUGUGCAGGACAGCCGUUUCAGCUUUUGGCAUACAGAUUAAAAGUGGGACAUCCAUCCCUGAGCUGGGCUACUCAGUCUCAGCACGAGGAGAGAUUUCAGCCCAUAAAACUGGCAUUGGUGGCAGGGUACUGAGCCACUUAGGACCAGGAGAGCACCAGGAGGGAUUAGGCUCACGCACCAUAUCUCCAAGUGGGUCUCUGCCUCCCCCUAGUCCAGCAGGGACACCCCAGCCCAGUCCAUGCCUCACCCCAACACCUAGCUCCAUUUCAGGCUCCAACCAGCCUUACUCCUCCUCUUUUGUCCACCUUAAGAAGCACAAAGCUGCAUUGGCCGCAGCCCAGUCCAGAAGCAACUUCUCCACUGCUCGCACAUCCAUCGCAGCUGGAAACUCCUCCCUUACUGUGGAUUCAGUUGACAAAACUCCCAUUCACAACUCGCCCCCACCACCCUCCUCCAGCCAAGCCUCAUCAUCCUCAGUUGACAGCGGUAACAGCAGCUCGGCAAGCGGGAGCACAACACCAGGAAAGUCCAGUCCCCUGCCUAACGGCCAUACCUCUGGUUCAGCCUCUGCGAGCAGCGGGCAGCCUAAUAACUACCACAAGCUGAAGAAAGCCUGGUUAACCCGGCACUCAGAGGAGGACAGGAACACAACUGCUACUCUGAGCUCCACUAGUUCUAAACCAGAGAGAGUACUUAGCACCACCACUAGCACAAGUAACACAGCAGCCAUGUCAGAUAUGAUCAAGCCCUGCACAGUCAAUCUCAGCGCCUCCACUUCCAGUGAGGUGGAGAUGAGCAAAGACAGUGGAAGCAAAGCUGAGAGAGAGAGGCACCCAGAGGAGAAAGUGGGAGGAGCAGCAGGAGGAGGGGAGGAGAGGAAAACAGCACCUUCAUCAAGACGAGGGAACAAACGAACAUAUGAGUCUGGUUCGGAGAGUGUGGGAGAUGACUCUGACGCCAGUGAGAGCAAAAUGGAGGGCCGAGCUAAGCGUCAGCCUAAACCAACCUACAAGAAAAAACAGAAUGAUAUGGCCAAGAAGAAAGGAGACAAUGAAAAGGAGGAAGAUGACGUAAAACCCAAUGGCAUCUUCAGAUCAGCUCGAGAGAAGACUAAACUCAAGCUGGCCAGCAGCAAUGGGAUCCCCCGCUCUGUCCUGAAGGACUGGAGGAAGGUGAAGAAGCUGAAGCAGACGGGAGAAUCUUUCCUGCAGGAUGACUCGUGUUCAGAAAUAGGACCCAACCUGCAGAAGUGUCGGGAGUGCAGGGUGGUCCGCAACAAGAAGGGCGAGGAGCCGGCACAUUCCCCCGUCUUCUGUCGCUUCUACUAUUUCAGACGGCUUUCCUACAGUAAAAAUGGAGUCAUCCGGAUGGAUGGUUUCUCCACUCCAGACCAGUUUGAUGAUGAAGCCCUGGCCCUGUGGGUCCCUGGGGUGAUGGAGGAGAGCCACCUGGAUCAAACCACAGCCAAGUACAUCCUCAGCUUCAUAGGAGACAAGUUCUGUCAGAUGUCUGUGACUGAAAAUACUGCAGCUACCUGGGUCAAGAAGGAUGCCAAGCUUGCGUGGAAGAGAGCAGUGAGGGGGGUGAGGGAGAUGUGUGAUGCCUGCGAGGCAACACUCUUCAAUAUCCACUGGGUCUGUCAGAAAUGUGGUUUUGUUGUCUGCUUGGACUGCUACAAGGCGAAGGAAAGAAGGAGCUCCAAAGAUAAAGAACUAUAUGGUUGGCUGAAGUGUGUGAAAGGCCAACCCCACGAUCACAAACACCUGAUGCCAACACAGAUCAUACCUGGCACAGUGCUGACAGAGUUAGUGACUUCCAUGCACUCUCUGAGAGAAAAAUACAACAUCAGAUCGCACUGCCCCUGCACCAACAAACAGAACCUCCUUACCAAACUACCAGCCACCAACGGAGUCUCACAGGUCCUGCAGAAUGUCCUGAACCACAGUAACAAGCUGUCCCUGGUGAAAACUGAGCUGGGCUCUCAGCAGAACUCUGACCAAGGAGGAACCAAGGCAGAAACUAACGGAGGAGGUGGCAGAGGAAGCAGUCCUGGCAGCGAUGCAGGAAGUGCUCCUGUCACCCCACCAGAGUCCCAGUCACCUCUACACUUCCUGGCUGACUUGGCAGAGCAGAAAUCCAGGGAGGAGAAAAAAGAAAACAAGGAGUUAUUGCUGCUGGGUAAAUCAGUAAAGGAAGACAAGGAUGGGGACAGCCUGGAGGUCCUGCAGCAGUGUAAAACCACCUCACUGGUGGCUAACAGUACAGAGCAGGGCUCCACACUCAGAGAUCUGCUCACCACCACAGCAGGGAAGCUGAAGCUGGGCUCCACUGAUGCAGGAAUCGCCUUUGCACCAGUCUACUCUAAUGCUUCACAGACUGGAAAAGGUGGGCGGACAAUGCCUAAUAUCCUCGAUGACAUCAUAGCCUCAGUAGUUGAGAAUAAAAUCCCCGCCAGCCGCCAGAACAUCAACACCAAACUGUCAAUCAAACAAGAGCCUGUCACCCCAGGCAACAACAACAACAACCCUGCCCCUGCUGUUACAGAGGACACCAAACCAGACAGGAAGAAGUCAGGGCCUGUUACUGCAGAAGUACCAGAAGAAUCAACCAAUCAGUAUCCAGAUAUUUCCCACUGCUGGUUGAACAACAAACGCUUACUGUGGCUCAAAGAUCACCGCAACCAGAACAACUGGAAGCUGUUCAGAGAGUGCUGGAAACAAGGACAGCCUGUGUUAGUGUCAGGAAUCCAUAAGCGACUGAAUGCCAGUCUGUGGAAAGCCGAAUCCUUCAACCAGGAGUUUGCAGACCACCAGGGAGACCUCCUCAACUGUAAAGACCAGGUGGUGUCCAACUCCGGGAUCAAGGAGUUCUGGGAUGGAUUUGAGGACAUCACCAAGCGGCCCAAGUCCAAGGAUGGAGAGCCCAUGGUCUACAGACUGAAGGACUGGCCUUCUGGAGAGGAGUUCAUGGCCCUCAUGCCCUCAAGAUAUGAUGACUUGAUGAAGAACCUGCCCCUGCCUGAGUACUCAGAUCCAGAGGGCAACCUCAACCUGGCCUCCCACCUACCGUCUUUCUUUGUCAGGCCAGAUCUUGGGCCAAGACUAUGCUGUGCCUACGGUGUAGCUGCGUCUCAGGACCAGGACUUUGGGACUGCCAACCUCCAUGUGGAAGUCUCAGAUGUCGUCUCUGUUCUGGUCUAUGUAGGAGUGGCCAAAGGCAAUGGAGUACUUUCCAAAACUGGAGUGUUAAAGCGUCUGGAGGAGGAGGAUCUAGAUGAGGGGGUUCGGAGGAGGCUCAAAGACUCCAGUGAGACACCGGGGGCGCUGUGGCACAUCUACCUCAAUAGAGACAUGGACAAUGUCCGAGAGUUCCUGAACAAGCUCUGUAAGGAGCAGGGACUGGACGUGUUGCUGGACCAGGACCCAGUCAGAGAGCAGGGCUUGUACCUGAGCAGGAAGCAGCGUCAGCGGCUGCUGGAUGAACAUGGAGUUCAGGGCUGGACUGUAGUUCAGUUUCUGGGAGACUCUGUACUUAUACCAGCAGGGGCCAUGCACCAGGUCCAGAAUCUCCACAGCUGUGUUCAGGUCAUUAAUGACUUUGUGUCUCCUGAGCAUGUGGCCAACUCCUUCCACCUGACCCAGGAGCUGCGGCCCACUAAAGAGGAAGUCAACUACGAGGAUAAACUACAGGUGAAGAACAUCCUGUACCACUGUGUGAAGGAGGCGGUGAGCUCCCUGAAGAGGGGCAGUUCCGAGGAAGACAAUGAGGAAGACAACUCAUGACACCCUGUCGGCCUUGUCGGCGCCCUCCAGAGAGGGACACAACUCCCAUCAGCACCUCCUCGUCCUCCCCACACCCAUCUCAUCCUCUUGUGGAGGACUGUGGGACGUGGGCACCUCGCUGUGUGAACUGUAUCACACAUCCAGGCGGCCAGUGAGAGGCGCCAUCAUCUCCUAAACCUUCAGUGCCAAGAGGAGACACACACAAGACCAGAGAGGCCACUGGACUGACAGGGAUUAAACCUCAACCACCACACUCCCUUUAUGUUACAUGGACUUAGAGCACAGGGAGGACAGAUGAAUUCUGGGAAACAGAGGGCAGCAUGUUGGUUGGGAGCCUUAUAAAAGCCACUAUGCUGGAGUGAAACAGCAAUACAAGCUUCCGCUGAAACUGAACUGCAGUGUGACUAACGGUGCAUCCUGUUUCGAGACUGUGCUGUAAGAUAAAGUUCACAGGUUUAAUGGCAUUGACGAUGGCUGCUCUGACUGUAAUCUGCUGUGGAUUAUGAAGGCCAGGAGGUUUAAUCCCUGUCUGUAGCAGCAGCCCACACAACGUCUCAGACCGAAGAUUUUGCUGAUCACGACAGCAUCACCAGCAGCAAGCAGCAUCAGGAUCAAAACUGUCAUCUCUGCUGUUUAAAAAAGUCACGAAAAAAAGAUUUGAGGGGAAAAAAUGCAAAACAUAAAUCUCAGAUGUUCUAGUCAGCAGACAGCGAGCUCUGCUGCUCCCUCAUUUGUUGUUUGUUCUGUAAUUUGUCUGUUCUUGUCCUUUUUUUCUAGUUCUAUCUGUCAGUUGCUGUUUUGUUCUUCAUAUUUUUUUUUAACAAAAGUUGUUUUAUUUCCUCUGUGAAGAUGUAUUUAUUUUAUAGCUCUAUGAUAUGCGAUGUUAUUGAGACAAAAAAGCAUUAAUGUAAAUGUGACUUGUACAGUUUCUUUUUUUCCUUUUGCUAUGUGAUUUUCAGUUGUAAUACGGCUCUACUGUGAUGGAGGACACACACACACACACAGCACACACACACACACACACACCACCAACACACGACACCCAGCUAAUGCCUGUAACUUUGGGAAAUGUUAAUGCUCUACAGUCCUCAUGCCAUAAAUACAUUUUUUGAAAAUGAACUGCCAAACUAUUGUAAAGACUGUGUAAAGUUGUAUUCUGUAAAGAAAGAACAAAAUGGCUUAUACACUUCAGCAUUUUAUGAAAAAAGUAUUUGCUGUAAAAUUGAGACAUUUACAAAAAAGAUGUAAUUUAUUUAAGAAAAGAAUGAAUUGUCUUGUUUUUUUGUUUUGUUAAGAUUUACUAUGGUGAACUUUUGAAGUUAAAAGAUGAAAUAAUGAAAAAGUUUACUAUAAUGUGUAAAUAUAUACAUAUAUACAUUCACUGAGGUAUUUUUUUAAAACAUGGCUUGCCUCAAUUUUAAAUUUUAAAGUGCAAGUGUUACAUGCGUUGUACAUUGAAAUUUAAAAGGGUUUUACAUUUUCCAUUAAAAUGGAUUUAUCAAAAGUU